AUGUUACUCGGAAACCUCGAAGAGACGACGAAAAUGGAAGAAAAAUCGGUUGAAUCAAAAGUCGACGAGUCCCAACUGGCAGCUCUGAAAAUUCUAUACAAACGAUGGGAUGAAAUCAAAGCCCGAGAUGGUAUACCUCCUAUUGCUGUUGACAGAACCAACUCAUACCACGGUCAAUAUAUCAGGACGCUAACAGAUCUCGACAUGGUCUGGAAGGAAAUAGUUGCACUAAGAAAGACUAUGGAUUGGAGUCAGAUAAUGGCAAAGGAAGGGAGAGAGCAUGCAGAUGGUGUGCUGAGCGUGAAGGGAAGGAAUUCGACCACUGGUGUUGAGCAAGAAUUGGGUAGAUGGGGGUUCUACCGAAUUGCUGUGGGUAGCUUUACAAUGAUUUUCGGAAUCAGGCUGGUAGGAUGGCAUUCAGAUUGUCGAUCUGGGAUAAUUGUGAAUACUAGAAUGAUUGACAAAGGCUCUCAUGACCUGGGAUCCCGGAACAAUCAUAAAUACCAUUGA